GGUCAUCUGCCUCCUCUCAUACUCCAUGCCUCCAUCGCUCCGCCGAGCUUUGCAUCGGCGGCGGCCCACCCCGCCGUCCACCUCUCCUUGUCUCGCGUUAGUGGUGGCUGGUGGCAGGUCGACCUCCACCGGCCCUCCCCCUUGCCUCAGCCCCCCGGGCGCACCAUCUAGCAUCACCAACCCCGCUGCUCCCUCCCCUCCCCGAUCCCGAUCUAGAUGCCUGACCCGUGCCUCCUCCCCUCUUUGAGCACGGCGAGCACGGAGGGGGCUAGGACCAGAUACAGGAUGCAGAAGAGCUAUCUGGUCGCGUGCACGCCAAAUCCACCGAAAAUGGAUCCACCCCGGCCAGAUCAGAUCGGGCCCUGCCGUCGUCGCCACCAUAGGGUCGUCCGCGCGGUGGAUGACGAGAAGGGGAGGAGCCGCGUCGUACUCUCUGUAUUCCGCAUCCAGCGACAGGGUCGACGGUUCGGGCCGAUGGAGAUGGUGACCAGUGGCGGCGAACUCCAAGGGGGCGGACAAAAAGGCACUCCUCUCGUCGUCCUCCUCCCGGCAGUAGGCCAGGCAGGCAGCGGAUUCGACUUCUCCGGCAUGGAUCUCGCGGCGGAGCGGAUGAAUCGACGGAGAUAUGGCCUGUCUCUUGCGCAGCUCCCGGCAGUCGUCCCUUCGCCUUCUCCCGCGACUAACUGAUGGCCGUGCAAGGAGAUGAGGCUCAGGCAGGACACCGUGCACACACGGUACGGCGGUACCCUUGUGUUCGUGGAGCUGUCUGACACUAUGUUUGAUGUCAGACCCAUCCGCCCCGUCCCUUCGUUCACCAGACGCAAGAGGGUGAACAGGAUGUACAGGCAAAAUCGUGCCUCCAGGAAGAUUUUGGUUCCUAUGAUCUACAAUGUGCAUGUGGGCGCGGAAGCUGUGGUUCUUUGGGGACAGAACAUGAAUCCGGUGCAAGAGGCUGCUGAGGCUCUUCAGGUCAUGGCGGUCGGUGAUGAGAAUGAAGUGGUAGAGGAGGUCCUUUUGGAUGGUCACGAUAAGUCUGAUGUUCUGGCUUCUCUGCUUGAGGCCAAUGGUGCUGCCAAUGAAGCUAAGUAGAUGGUCUUUUGCCGCUCUUUCUGCCUUAAACCAUGUUAGAACUGCCUGUUGAAUGAUGGAACUGUGUCAAGAACAGUCUACCUGGAAAGUCUACUCUACAGAGAGCAACACAUAGCAUUCCCACCGUAGUUUUAUCUUUUUGAACAAUCGGUUACUCUUGUCAAGCUGGGUUUACAUGUGGUCUGUUUUGGUAGACGCUGGUUGGAAUUAAUGUCACUUGAUGCAUUUUUUAUAUCAGUUUGGUUGUUCUGCUGCAA